AGUACAAGGAGGAACUUUGUCGAACAAAAGAGGAGAAGGAGCGACAACAUCAACUACUGGACGCUGUUUUCAAGGAACAUCAAGUUGUGUUACACAUCCAGCCUUCCAUCCCUCUUCUGCUUAUCUGAGGUCGGGUCGCGGGGCCAGCAGCCUAAGUAGGGAAGCCCAGCCUUUCCUUUCCCCAGCCACUUCAUACAGCUCUUUCUAGGGGAUCCCGAGGCGUUCCAAGGCCAGCCAGUUUCUAACAUAAUAGUGAGAGUCCAGUCCAUAGUGGGGCCAGCCAGAGACCAUCCCGAGCGCAGACAGACGUCUGUGAAGAACAUCUUCACCCUCAGCAACAGAAGUGGAGCUUCAGGAUGCAGACGGAGGAGCCACAGCCCUCCCACAUUAAGAAGGAAGAGGAAUACCUUCAGAUCUCCCAUUUUAAAAAGGAAGAGGAAAACCCAAUAAUCCCCCAGUUUAAAGAGGAAGCGGUAGAUCCACAGAGUCCACACAUUAAGGAGGAAGAGGAGGACCCACUGACCCCUCACAAUAAAGAGGAAGAGGAAGAACACAGCAUCAAUCAGCAGGGAGAGCAUCUUGAAGGACUGGAGGAGGUUGAUGUCACCAAGAUGCCAGUGACUGGUGUCCCUGUGAAGAGUGAAGAUGAUGAGGUGAAAGGUGAAAGUGAGGAGAGGGGAGGGGGGGAGCCUCCAAGCAGCAGCUCAACACAACACAUGACAACAGAAGCUGAUGGAGACCACUGUGGAGGAUCACAAGCAGACAAGCUCUUAGCUCCACUAUCAGAUAGUGAGGACACAACGUCACACUCUCCUGACACUGAUGAUGAAGACUCUAAAGAUGAUAAGACAUGUCACACUGACAACACUCACUUCACUUGUUCUCUCUGUCACAAAACCUUUAAAUACCAUAGUCUUCUGAAAACCCACAUGAGAACACACACUGGAGAAAAACCCUUUUCUUGUUCACUCUGUAGUAAAGGUUUUACACAAAGUUGGAGUUUGAAAUUGCACAUGAGAAUACACAGUGGUAAAAAAACAUUUUGUCUGUUCAACCUGUGGUAAAGGUUUUACACAAAGUACAGAUGUGAAAAUACACAUGAGAACACACACUGGUGAAAAACCUUUUUCCUGUACAACCUGUGGUAAAGGUUUUACAGAAAGUCAAAAUUUGAAAAGACACAUGAGAACACACACUGGUGAAAAACCUUUUUCUUGCUCAGAAUGUGGUAAAGGUUUUGUACAAAGUCCCCUUUUAAAAGUACACAUGAGAACACACGCUGGUGAAAAACCUUUUGUCUGUUCAAUCUGUGGUAAAGGUUUUGUACAAAGUCCCCUUUUAAAAGUACACAUGAGAACACACACUGGUGAAAAACCUUUUGUCUGUUCAAUCUGUGGUAAAGGUUUUACAGAAAGUCGAUGGUUGAAAGUGCACAUGAGAACACACACUGGUGAAAAACCGUUUUCCUGUUCAAUCUGUGGUAAAGGUUUUACAGAAAACUGGUGUUUGAAAGUACACACUAGAACACACACUGGAGAGAAAUCCCAUUCCUGUUCAAUCUGUAACAGAAGCUUUUGUGAAGGAUCAAAUCUUUCACAGUACACAUGAGAAGACACCCAGGAGAGAAAGUGUUGAGUUGCAGUGUGUGUGGUGAAAGAUUGUCUUCUAAGUAGCAGUGUAAGAAACACAAGUGUGCUGGUGAGAACAGCAGCAGCAAAUGAAACUGCAGGAUUUGAAAUAAACUGUCCAGACUUUCAUUUUGACUUUCUAACAACAUCAGCACAUAUAACAUGUGUGACAUUGUUGUUUGUCUAACAAUCUUUUUAAUAUGCUUCCACGUUUAUAGAUUAGAUAUUUUAUAUGAAUGAUUUUAUCAGUCAAGCACAUGCAUUAAUAUGCAACAUUGUGUACUUUUAUUAAAAAAUGGACAGAACAAUUUGAGUAGAUUAGAUAGUAAACAGUACAACACAUAUUUUACAUGCAAUAAACAUUUUGUGUGUAUGUAUACACACACACACACACACAUA